AUGUUACUAAAAAGAGAAAAAAAUGUUGACAGGCAGACACUAAUUGAGUCAUUUUCUGGUGAGAAAUUUUAUCUGAUUGAAGUCAUUGCCUUCAUACUCCAGUACUUGAAGGACCUGUUGAUAGACCAUCACUGUCGCGGUGUUACACCAUUGAAGACAACAGAUUUUGAUUGGGUCAUUACUGCUGGUCUUCUAACAGAGUCUAAAAGGAUCAGUGAGUUCACUCCUAUAUCAAGUAGUCCUUUACCAGUACCAGAUGAAGUUAAUCCCGACAUGCUUUCACUAGCAUUAGAGCCUGAAGCUGCAGCUCUUUAUAGCCAGGAAGCAGUAGCAGAGCAGAUCAAAGGUCAGCCAUUAGCAGCAGCUAUCAGUCAUCCAACAGAGUAUAUGGUGAUUGAUGCUGGAGGUGGUACAAUAGAUAUCACUGCUCACGUUGAAGUAGAUGGAGGCAUUGUAGUCCAGAAUGUACCUAGUGGCAAUGCAUGGGGUGGUACACAGGUUAAUGAAGAGUUUUCUAAACUACUUCAGGAAAUCAUUAAUGAUCCUGGCUUCAAAAAAUUUAUUGCUUCAGGUGAUUACACGAAAAAUCAAGCUACACUAAAUAAAAUUGUAUACAAUGAGUUUGAAAAGCAAAAGGUGCUUUUUGGCCAAGGAAAAACACAAGAAAUUGCAGUAGAACUUCAAAUUAACUUCGUCAAAUUUUAUGAGAAAGCUCUUUAUGAAGGAGUAAAGAAAAUGAGUGGCAUAGAAUAUGAAGAUGACACACUUUACAUUGGUAAAAGUGUCACAGAGUCUAAGCUGUUUGGUUCUGCUAUCCAAGGCAUUAUUGAUUGCACACUGUUAGCUAUUGAAAAAAUUGACAACAAUACCAACACAUUUUACCUGGUUGGUGCUUUUGGAGGGUGCAAAUACAUUCAUGAAAAGGUCAGUCCUGCUAUAGAAAGGUACUAUCAGUCAAAAGGUCACACUGACACAUGUUCUGUAAUAGUACCUCCUACUCCUCACUUAGCUGUUGCUACUGGAGCUGCUAUGUGGC